AGUCGGAGUGCGGGGUGGGGGGGGGGGCCCGCGAUUCUGGGUCCGUGUCGCUGGCGCGUCCUCCGCCUGUCGCGACAUCAGGGCGGCGAUAAUGGUGGAUUACCACAGCGCGGGGCAGCCUCACCCGUACGGCGGGAACGGGCCGGGCCCCAAUGGCGACUACAUGGCCCAGGAGGACGAUUGGGAUCGGGAUCUGCUCCUGGACCCCGCCUGGGAGAAACAGCAGCGCAAGACCUUCACGGCCUGGUGCAACUCGCACCUGCGCAAGGCGGGCACGCAGAUCGAGAACAUCGACGAGGAUUUCCGCGAUGGGCUCAAGCUGAUGCUGCUGCUCGAGGUCAUCUCAGGCGAGCGGCUGCCGAAGCCGGAGCGGGGCAAGAUGAGGGUGCACAAGAUCAACAACGUCAACAAAGCCCUGGACUUCAUCGCCAGCAAGGGUGUCAAGCUCGUCUCCAUCGGUGCUGAGGAGAUCGUGGACGGGAACGCCAAGAUGACGCUGGGCAUGAUCUGGACGAUCAUCCUGCGCUUCGCCAUCCAGGACAUCUCCGUGGAGGAGACCUCGGCCAAGGAGGGGCUGCUGCUCUGGUGCCAGCGGAAAACGGCUCCUUACAAGAACGUCAACGUCCAGAACUUCCACAUCAGCUGGAAGGACGGGCUGGCCUUCAACGCCCUCAUCCACCGGCACCGCCCGGAGCUCAUCGAGUACGACAAACUCCGCAAGGAUGAUCCAGUCACCAACCUCAACAACGCCUUCGAGGUGGCUGAGAAGUACCUGGACAUUCCCAAGAUGCUGGAUGCCGAGGACAUCGUGCACACGGCGCGCCCUGACGAGAAGGCCAUCAUGACCUACGUCUCCAGCUUCUACCACGCCUUCUCCGGGGCCCAGAAGGUACCGGGAGCGCCGGCCCCGCCCGGGCCUUCCUCCCGGACCUGCCCCCCCCCUCCUCCUCCUCCUCCUCCUCCUCCUCCUCCUCCUCCUCCUCCCCCUCUGGAAUUUUCUCUCUCUCUCUCACGUUCGCUUCUCUUGCAGCCGCGGCCGCUGUCGCCCAGGGAGGGGCUCCGGGGGCUCCCCCCUGGCUCACGAGGGGUUAAAUCUGCCUGGGAUUCACUGUGGGAAAUCCCUGGGAAUCCACGGGAUUCCGUGGGGAGCUGUAGGAAUCCAUAGGGAAUCCAUGGGGAA